CAGCACAAAAAACAUAAAACAUGAUGAAUAAAAGUUUAAUAAUCACAGCUAUAUCAAUAUAUAUUACAUUCCAAUGCAGUUUCAUAUUUUGCACAGUUCAUAAAACGCUCCAGGUUUUUCCACAAAAAUCAUAUAAACACGGAAACAUAUACCCACAGAAAGAUAUAUUGAGGACGACGGAGGAUCAAAUCGAAAAGAAACUUGAUAUCAAUAAAGAGGCACCUGCGAUUCAUGUAGGAGGAACUCAACUCAAAAAGACCUCAACUCAAGAAGGAGGAACUCAACUCAAGAAGACUUCAGUACCAGCAGAAACAAAAAUAAUUUAUAAAUCACAUCAAGAAAAUGAUGUUAGAAAAGAUACAUUGCCCCGUAUAGAAAUGAAACACUACAAAACCACAGAUGGUCAAACAACCCUUCAAGAGAAACCAGAAUUCAAUGAACCGUUAAUUGCUAAAUAUACAGAACAGAUAGCGCAAUGGAAGGCUAAUUUAGAUAAAACACAGAGUUUGAAAGCAGAUAAAUUGCAGCUUGAAGAAAUAAACGAAAAAGAUCUAGAGAGAGAAAUAAGAAUGUGGAAAGAAAGUCAUAAUGAUAAACCGACACAGGAUUGGAAGGAAAAUUACUCGCAGCAAGGUCUACCAUGGGGUGGAAGCAUCACAAAAUUCACAAACAAACAGGAAAACCAAGAUAAAAUAUCUGAUCAAACCGAAAACCAAGAAGCAAAUCAGAAAUCCCAGUUUACUGAACAAGAUGCAGAAAAAGAAAUACAUCUAUGGUCAGAACCAAAUCAGAAUAAAGAGAUCAAGGAAUUAAAGAAAUAUGUAGAUAAUGCACAAGAGAAACAAAUAGAAGAUGAGCGCAACGCAUGGUUAGAACAACAGAUACAAGCGCAUUUGUCGUCAAUAGAAAAUUUUGGUUUGCAAAAAGCAAAGGAAACUCAGAAAGAAAUCCCAAUGAAAAGUAAAUAUGUUCCUAAAGAAGAAGUUGUUGCCAAUCCAGCCAUUGAGAAAGUACCCGAAGCAAAUAUUUCUGUUGAUGAGGCAGAAGAGUUAAGUGGCUCUGAAGAAGAGGAAUAUGACGAACCAGGAGAGGUAGACGACAAUAAAGAAGAAUCACAAAAGACUCUAAGUAGUGCAGAAAAGCAGGCACUACAAUGGAAGGAAAUUUUACUCAAAACCAACAAGGAAGGACAAAAAAGUUCAAAAACAUUGAGUGUAGAAAACAAAGUCCGACAAAAAUUAGCAGAAAUUAUGUCAAAGAAAGAUGAAAACCCAGUGAAAUCUGAAAAAGUUGAAUUUGUUAAAGCCAUGGCUAAUAUUGCCAACUCGACAAAACUCAAGAUAAAAGAAUUGUUGAAGCAGCAGUUGAAAUCUGUAAUGGGUACGAGUAAUACUUCGCUCAUUAAGGUGGAUUCUAAGAAAACAGCUCUACGUAAUAAUGUGUUGAAUCUUAAACGUUCCAACACCAAGUCUCCGAAAAAAUGCAUACACAAGUGUUUCGCCCCAAAAUGUGAAGUUAAUUGCAUAGGUCGUCGCGGAUCGGCAGCGUGCAGUGCUAAAGGUUGUAAGGCUAAGACUAAAGGUCCAGAUUCUGCGUCCCUAUGUACGGGAGAAAAAUGUCAUGCAGAUUGCUCCGAUGAACUGUGUAUAGCGGCGUGUGAAGGUAAAGAAUGCUAUGCCAAAUGUAAAGGCAAAACAUGUCACUCAGUGGCUAAUGGUGAGGCAGCACACACAGAGUGUCAGAAAGAUGAUUGCAUGGCUUAU